GAAGUGAGGGACCCGGGGCACCCGGCGGACAGAGGCAGGGGCCAGAGCGCCGGCGGGCGAGGAACGUACGCCGGGCGAGGAGUCGUGCGCGGAGCUGCCGCCGCCCCCAGACCCCGCUCUGCCCGGAGCUCCGCGCCAGGAGGCGGCGGCCCUGCUGAGUUCCAGCCCAGCAAACCCGUGGUGCCCCCGACGGCAACGAGCCCGGCGAAGGGUCGGAGAAGGAGAAGGACGUGGAAGAAGGGCGGCCUCGCUGGGAACCUGGCAAUGGCGCUCGACUUCCUGGCUGGAUGCGCUGGAGGUGUGGCAGGCGUGCUGGUGGGACACCCGUUUGACACAGUCAAGGUGCGGCUUCAGGUCCAGAGCAUGGAAAAGCCCCAGUACCGAGGGACCUGGCACUGCUUCCAGUCCAUCAUCAAGCAGGAGAGCGUGCUGGGCCUGUACAAGGGCCUGGGCUCGCCACUCAUGGGGCUCACCUUCAUCAACGCGCUGGUGUUCGGCGUGCAAGGCAACACGCUGCGGGCUCUGGGCCGCGACUCGCCGCUGAACCAGUUCCUGGCGGGCUCGGCGGCGGGCGCCAUCCAGUGCGUCAUCUGCUGCCCCAUGGAGCUGGCCAAGACGCGGCUGCAGCUGCAGGACGCGGGCCCGGCCCGCACCUACCGGGGCUCUCUGGACUGUCUGGUGCAGAUUUACCGGUGCGAAGGCCUGCGCGGCGUCAACCGGGGCAUGGUGUCCACGCUGCUGCGCGAGACGCCCAGCUUCGGCGUCUACUUCCUCACCUAUGACGUGUUGACGCGCGCGCUGGGCUGUGAGCCCGGCGACCGGCUGCUGGUACCCAAGCUGCUGCUGGCCGGCGGCACGUCGGGCAUCAUGUCCUGGCUCUCCACCUACCCCAUGGAUGUGGUCAAGUCGCGGCUGCAGGCCGACGGGCUGCGGGGCCCCCCGCGCUACGGCGGCAUCCUCGACUGCAUGCGGCAGAGCUACCAGGCCGAGGGCUGGCGCGUCUUCACCCGCGGGCUGGCGUCCACGCUGCUGCGCGCCUUCCCAGUCAACGCUGCCACCUUCGCCACCGUCACCGUCGUGCUCACGUAUGCUCGCAGCGAGGAGGACCUGCCCGAGGAUGAGGCCGUGCCCACUGCCUCCUCUGCCCCGGCGGGGCCCGCGCUGCCUCAGCCCUCCAGCCUGUGACACCCGGUCCCCAGCGAAUAAGGCGUGACCUCCCCAGGGCUGCUUUUCAAAGACGCAACAUAGACAUAGAUUGGCACCCCCAGCCGAUCAGCCAGCCCAGACACCCAGACCGCCCCGUGGGCUGGAUUCUACUCAUCAGCUGGGUGACCUGGGCCACAAACCUGACAUCCUCAGUUUUCUCAGCUGUGACCUGGGGAUCCUCAUACCCACGUCAUGCAGUCGGGAAGCUCAGGGGAGGCCUGUGCAGCGCCUGGCACUGUUCUCUGGAGGCUUCCGGAAACCCAGCCGACACUCCGGCCCUUCCCUGGGAUCCCGCCCACCAUCUCCAUGGGGUCUCUGAUGACCCCCUCAUGGGCUGUUGCCCAGUGACUCACUGACUCUGCACAUCCUCUGCCUAGCAAAACUCCAAGGACACUUUUGGCCACCUGUCCAGUCUCUGUGUUGGGGACAGAGAGGCAGCUCCAGGUGCCGCUAUCAGAAUGGAAUCCUCUGCCGGUGCACCACAGCUUCUCCAUAUGGCACUGCUGGGAAUACCCCUACUACUGCCACUCCCACUGGCGGGUGACCUGGGGACCCACCAAAAAGCCACGGGAUUUGCUGGAGGUUCCAUAUCCUCCUGAGGACUGGAGUGGGGGAGCAGGACAGGCCAAUGGGAGGAGAUCUCAAUAGUUAAAUAGGAAAUAGUCUCUUUUACCCUCUGUCCUCAGGCUGUGCAUCUCUCUGUGAAAUGGGGAUAUGGGUUGCCGAUAUCCCAGCCAGGGUUCCCUGAGGUGCAGAGGGAUCAGCAGGGAGAUACUAUGGGGUCCCCAGUCCCCAGCAGAUGGUGUCUUUCUGGGGCAAUCUCAGUGCCUGGUUUCCUGUGAGGCCGUGAAGGGGGCCCGUUAGUGGGCACAGGUGUGGCCACUUUGGGCCCUUCCAGGCUGAGGAGGAUCUGAGCCCAUGCUCCGGACCUGUCGCUAGAAACCAGGGCUGUGGUGUGAGCUUCGGGCACCCGGGCACAUCCCACACAGUGUGGUCCUGUGAUUGGAUGGGGAGGUGGAUGGUUUUGCACGGGUAGGAGGUAACUGUGGCCUCCUUUGCCCUAAACAGGGUUCAGCCUCUUGGGUAACGUGACACGUUCUCCUAGGAGGCAGCCUGUGGUCAAGGAAGACAAGACUCCCACCCUGUACACGGGGUGUCAUUAUUAUACAGAAACACUAAGGGAAUAAAACAUUCUUGGUUUUUUUUU